UAACAACAACAACAAACAUCAACAAACAUCAACAAAACAACAAUAGAAGCAGCAGCAGCAGCAACAAAGGCACAACAUCGAUUGAGAUCGAUUAACGCAUCGUGCUAAGCGGCGGGCGCUACUCGAACAUGGCGCCUCGGAUAUAGUUGUAGCUUUAAUGUAGCAGGCGACAUCCAUGUGCCUCAUGCCUUGGAAAUCUGAGGCUCUCAUCGUUGGCCGCAUAGACAAUGACAGAAGAUUCCGACUCGAUAUCUGAGGAAGAACGCAGUUUGUUCCGUCCCUUUACCCGCGAAUCAUUGGUGCAAAUUGAACAACGCAUUGCCGCUGAACAUGAAAAGCAAAAGGAGCUGGAAAGAAAGAGAGCCGAGGGAGAGGUGCCGCAAUAUGGUCGCAAGAAAAAACAAAAAGAAAUCCGAUAUGAUGACGAGGACGAGGAUGAAGGUCCACAACCGGAUCCUACACUUGAACAGGGUGUGCCAAUACCUGUUCGAUUGCAGGGCAGCUUCCCGCCGGAAUUGGCCUCCACUCCUCUCGAGGAUAUCGAUCCAUACUACAGCAAUGUACUGACAUUCGUAGUUGUAAGCAAGGGAAAAGAUAUUUUUCGCUUUUCUGCAUCAAAAGCAAUGUGGCUGCUCGAUCCAUUCAAUCCGAUACGUCGUGUGGCCAUUUACAUUUUAGUGCAUCCAUUAUUUUCGUUAUUUAUCAUUACCACCAUUCUCGUGAACUGCAUAUUGAUGAUAAUGCCGACAACGCCCACGGUCGAGUCCACUGAGGUGAUAUUCACCGGAAUCUACACAUUUGAAUCAGCUGUUAAAGUGAUGGCACGAGGUUUCAUUUUAUGCCCGUUUACGUAUCUUAGAGAUGCAUGGAAUUGGCUGGACUUCGUAGUAAUAGCUUUAGCUUAUGUGACCAUGGGUAUAGAUUUAGGUAAUCUAGCAGCCUUGCGAACGUUUAGGGUGCUGCGUGCGCUAAAAACCGUAGCCAUUGUUCCAGGCCUGAAAACCAUCGUCGGAGCGGUCAUUGAGUCUGUGAAAAAUCUGCGCGAUGUGAUAAUAUUGACAAUGUUCUCCCUUUCGGUGUUCGCACUGAUGGGCCUCCAAAUCUACAUGGGCGUGCUGACACAGAAAUGCAUUAAGAAAUUCCCGCUUGAUGGUUCCUGGGGCAACUUGACCGAUGAGAAUUGGGAUUAUCAUAAUCGCAAUAUUUCCAAUUGGUAUUCGGAGGACGAUGGCAUAUCGUUUCCGCUAUGUGGCAAUAUCUCUGGCGCCGGUCAAUGCGAUGACGAUUACGUGUGUCUCCAGGGGUUUGGACCGAAUCCCAACUAUGGUUAUACCAGUUUCGAUUCAUUCGGUUGGGCAUUUCUAUCCGCCUUCCGUCUGAUGACGCAAGACUUUUGGGAGGACCUGUACCAGCUGGUGCUACGCGCCGCUGGACCCUGGCACAUGCUGUUCUUUAUAGUCAUCAUCUUCCUAGGUUCAUUCUAUCUUGUGAAUUUGAUUUUGGCCAUUGUUGCCAUGUCAUAUGACGAAUUGCAAAAGAAGGCCGAAGAAGAGGAGGCUGCCGAAGAGGAGGCGAUACGUGAGGCAGAAGAGGCGGCCGCUGCGAAGGCCGCUAAGUUGGAGGAGCGAGCCAAUGCGCAGGCGCAAGCCGCCGCAGAUGCAGCCGCCGCCGAAGAGGCGGCCCUGCAUCCCGAAAUGGCCAAGAGUCCAACGUAUUCGUGUAUCAGCUAUGAGCUAUUCGUGGGCGGUGAGAAGGGCAACGACGACAACAACAAGGAGAAGAUGUCCAUACGCAGCGUCGAAGUGGAGUCGGAGUCGGUGAGCGUUAUACAAAGACAACCAGCACCUACCACAGCACACCAAGCUACCAAAGUUCGUAAAGUGAGCACGACAUCCUUAUCCUUACCUGGUUCACCGUUUAACAUACGCAGGGGAUCACGUAGUUCUCACAAGGUAAGCGCCCAAUACACACACACACACACACACAC